CCACAAAAAAAACAGAUGGGGGGAAGAGGCAUGGCAAAAACAGAUUCUUUGUGGUAUCUCUUGCAGAAAGAGAAUGCAUAUUACUUCCAUAUGAUAUGAAAGAUACAUAUCUUUUCAUUAUACAGACUUCUUUAACAAUCAGAAGGAGAUUUUUUCAAACACUUUCUUAAAAAUGGAUGGUUUCAACACAGUUGUCAAAUUCUUCUUGAAUCAGAAGUCAACUAUAGGAUACAGCUUCAUGGCACUCCUAACCGUGGGAGGGGAGCGCAUUUUUUCCAUGGUUUCUUUCCAGUGCCCGUGCAACAAGAGCCAAAAUUUUAUUUAUGGACUUCUUUUCAUUGUGGGACCAGCUCUAGUGCUCUUCAUCAUUGGCUAUUUCGUCAGCUCUAGGACAUGGAAGCUCUUCACUGGCUGCUGUCUGAACCCAAGGAAGCUGUGUCCGAGGCGAAACACCUGCUACUGCGUGUACGUCUUUGCACAGAUCACGGUGGGGGCUUGCAUUCCACCUGUGAUGUGGCUCACUGUGGCUUUGCUGAACGGCACCUUCUACGAAUGUGCUGUGAGCGGUCUGGAAAAUAACCAUGUAGUUGACCUGUUCUGCAAGGGUAAAACUGAUGAGUGCCGGGUGGAACUGCCAAGGGUGCCCUGUGGAAAAUCCAACCUGUCUUCAGCAGACAAUCAAGAGCUUCUGCUAAGGCUGCAGGCACAGUCCCAGAUACUGGGCUGGUUGAUUGUCUGUAUUGCCGCGGUUACGGGAUUGAUUGGCACCUGUUACAAGAACUGUAGGUCACAAGUGAGCUACCUCCAACUCAAGUUCUGGAGAAAGUACAUUGAGAAGGAAAAGGAGCAAUUUGACUGCCACGCUACAAAGUAUGCUACAAAACUGGCAGACAGAAAUCUGAAGAGCUUCUUUGAAAACACAGAACCAGAGGCCUUUCCUUUCCCCAGUCACAGGUCCUGGGAAGAGAUCUCCUCCUUGUACACCUUCUGUAAGAGCGAGCAAUAUUACAGCACCCUGCAGAGGACCGUGGAGAAAGGAAACAAGGACAAAGAUGACGAAAUGAGGUGUGCACUGGAUUUUGUUGAUGGGGUAGAAAUGAUGUGAUCGAGAAAUGUAUUAAAGCAUCAGACAGUGCCAGUGGAAGCCUGUUUUGCUUCACUUGAAUAUAUUUUCUAUGCAUUCAUAAUGUUAUUGGUUGGAUCUCAGUGACGGUUCCAUGCUUCGGUUGUGUUAUUUAGCUUCUAAAAUGUGUUAUUAUUUUAAAACUGUGAUUAUCCUCCCCUCUUUGAACCAUUUCCAAAUUGUCGUUGGAAAAUUAUCAAGUUAAAACUGCUACAUUCCAGGCAUGAUUUGAAAUGUUGAUAUAUCUGGACAGGCCAACCAGGUUAAUGCAGAAUUAAUCUGAUGUUUUUUUGUUUUGUUUUGUUUUUUUGUAUUAACAAAUAUAUAAAUCACCAAGGCUAGAGGGGAGAGAACCCCAGUACAAAUUCUCUAAAAGACGCCUAACCGUGUUUCCAAAAUCUGUUAAUAAUCCCCUCUUUAGAAAAUCAUUUUUCAUUCUAUAGGUCAAAAGUGUACACCGCCUGGUAAUACCAAUUCAUUUUGUGUGUGUGUUGCACUAGUUGUAUUUUGUUUUUCAAAUCUGGAAGUAAAAUGUACUGCCAUUGUGAUGUGGAGUUGGGGGGGCUAGAGUGCAGGAUGCGCUCUAUAGCCUGGACGUCGCCGUAUUCCACAGCCGACCAUGGACGGGAGCUCCCAGGGGGCGGCGCACAAUUGGCCGAGCGUCGUCCGGGGGAAGGUAGGGUUAGGUCGGCCAGGGUGUCCUCAGCUCACCACGCACCAGCGGCCCCUGUAGUCUGGCCAGGCGCCUGCGGGCUUGCCUGUAAGCUGUCCAGAGCUGCGUUGUCCUCCGACGCUGUAGCUCUGAGGCGGCUGCACGGUGAGUCUGCAAAGUGUAAAGAAGCGGGCGGCUGACGGCACACGCUUCGGAGGACAGCGUGUGUUCAUCUUCGCCCCUCCCGAGUCAGCGCAGGGGUGGUAGUGGUGAGCUGAGCCUAAAAAUAAUUGGGCAUUUCAAAUUGGGGAGAAAAUAAUAAAAACUAAUUGGCAACGACUACAUUAAAAAAAAUAAAAUAAAA